CUCCGGGAUGCCCCAGGUGGGUCUGGCCGCGUGGGCCCGGCCCCGUGGGCAAGCUCCGGUUCCCCCCACCCCAUCCCCGUCCCCCGCCGCUCCGGAAGCCCCGGGCCCGGGGUCCGUGAAUGGGCGGAAGGCAGCGGCGGGACCCCCCCGGCCCCGGCCCCGGUGCCACUUCCCCUUCCCGGGUCAGCGGCCGCUUCCCCUUCUGGAGGCGCGGCGCUGCGGGAGGGCUCGGCCCGCCCCGCUCCGGGCCCCGCCGCUCGAGGAACAAUGGCAGAGACAUUCCUUGUGGAGAGCCCCGAUGUCACGUACAGCAAGGACUUCAUCGAGGCCAAGUACACGUACAGCACCGUGCACGUCUGCAAGGAGAACGGCGUCACCAAGGUGAGGCCGUGCUCCACCCGCUUCACCUUCCGCACGGGGCGGCAGGUCCCCCGCCUGGGCCUGAUGCUGGUGGGCUGGGGAGGCAACAACGGCACCACGGUGACGGCGGCCGUGCUGGCCAACAGGCUGGGCCUGUCCUGGAUGACCAAGACGGGGCGCAAGAAAGCCAACUACUACGGCUCGCUGCUCCAAGCCUCCACCGUGUGCUUGGGCACCGGCCCCACCGGUGACGUCUACGUGCCUUUCCGGGACCUGCUGCCCAUGGUGCACCCCAACGACAUCGUCUUCGACGGCUGGGACAUCUCCUCGCUGAACCUGGCCGAGGCCAUGCGGCGGGCGGAGGUGCUGGACUGGCCGCUGCAGGAGCAGCUCUGGCCCCACAUGGAGAAGAUGAAGCCCCGGCCCUCCAUCUACAUCCCCGAGUUCAUCGCCGCCAACCAGGAGGAGCGGGCGGACAACGUGCUCCGCGGCUCCAAGGCCGAGCAGGUGGAGCAGAUCCGCAGGGACAUCCGGGACUUCAGGGAGAGCAGCGGCGUGGACAAAGUCAUCGUGCUGUGGACGGCCAACACGGAGCGCUUCUGCGACGUGGUGCCGGGGCUUAACGACACCGCCGACAACCUGCUGCGGGCCAUCGAGCGAGGCCUGGAGGUGUCCCCGUCCACGCUCUUCGCCGUGGCCAGCAUCCUGGAGGGCUGCGCCUACAUCAACGGGUCCCCCCAGAACACCUUCGUGCCGGGCGCGGUGGAGCUGGCCACCCAGCGCCGCGUCUUCAUCUGCGGCGAUGACUUCAAGUCGGGGCAGACCAAGCUCAAGUCGGUGCUGGUGGAUUUCCUGGUGGGCGCCGGGCUCAAGACCAAGUCCAUCGUGAGCUACAACCACCUGGGGAACAACGACGGGAAGAACCUCUCGGCCCCGCAGCAGUUCCGCUCCAAGGAGAUCUCCAAGAGCAACGUGGUGGAUGACACGGUGCAGGCCAACCCCGUCCUCUACGGACCGCACGACAAGCCCGACCACUGCGUGGUGAUCAAGUACGUGCCCUACGUGGGGGACAGCAAGCGCGCGCUGGACGAGUACACGUCGGAGAUCAUGAUGGGAGGCACCAACACCAUCGUCAUCCACAACACGUGCGAGGACUCGCUGCUGGCCAGCCCCAUCAUCCUGGACCUGGCCAUCCUGACGGAGCUGUGCCAGCGCAUCACCUUCUGCACCGAGGGCGACCCCGAGUUCCAGGGCUUCCACAGCGUCCUCUCCAUCGUCGCCUUCCUCUGCAAGGCCCCGCUGGUGCCCGAGGGCACCCCCGUCGUCAACGCGCUCUUCCGCCAGCGCAGCUGCAUCGAGAACAUCCUGAGCCCCUGCCUGGGGCUGCCGAAGGAAGCCUCGUCCCUGGGGUGGCUGCUCCAGUCCCAGCCCUUUGCAGGGAGCACCGGGACAAAUCCUGCACAGUCUGUGUCUGUCUGUCUGUCCGGCCAGCAUCGGCUGUCUGGCAGCACCAUCUGGUGGCACGGGCACCGCAUCAGUCCUCCCCGCAGCCCCAGUCUGCUCCCAGUCAGGACCAGUGACCUUGUGUCACCUUGUGUCACCCCGACAGCAGCAGCCCCACGACCCGAGGGUGCCAGAGGGACCCAGCGAGGCGAGGAGAUGUUCUUGGAGAGAGCUUGGGAGAAACGGCGUGCUCCCGGGGAAUGGGGCAGACGGCUGCAGAUGCCUGGCAGACGGCAGUUACCGGCGCUUUGCCGUUACCCCGGCAUUUACGCCCCGGUGUGA